AUGUCUUCUGCUCAAGUACCAUAUUUUAAUUGCAUCAGAACUACACUGACUGCUGCUCUUUGUCUUGAAAACUUUGCAUCUCAAAUCGUAGAGAGACACAACAAACCAGAAGUAGAAGUAAAGACAAGCAAGGAACUUUUAUUAAAUCCAAUCGUUAUUGCUCGUAACAAACAAGAAAAGGUAUUGAUCGAGUCAUCCAUCAACUCUGUACGUAUCAGUGUUUCAAUCAAAAAGUCUGAUGAAAUUGAAGUCAUCCUUGCCAAGAAGUUUGUUCGUUUCCUUGUCCAAAGAGCUGAAAACUUUAUCAUCUUGAGAAGAAAGCCAGUAGAGGGAUAUGAUAUUUCUUUCUUGGUAACCAACUUCCACACUGAAUCAAUGUUUAAGCACAAGCUUGUUGACUUUAUCAUUCAAUUUAUGGAAGAUAUCGACAAGGAAGUCAGCGAGUUGAAGAUUACUCUCAACGCCAGAGCUCGUAUCGUUGCCUCUGAAUACUUAAAGGUAUACGCCUAA